UGUCGGGCGAGCUUUAAAAAGCUCCAAGCGAGCCAAUCGCUUUGCGAAACAAUAGGAGACGAGUGUUGCGGGAUGGGUGGCCGGUGGCCCGCGGUUAGUAACGCCUACGUUCGAGGGGUGGCAGCGGUGUAGCGGCACAGCGCGGCGACCAAAACUACCCUCCUGUCAGUCCGAAAGUCGCCGCGUAAGCUCGCGGGCGGAACGCGACGUGUGCAUUAGCCGUGGUGCACUGUCGCCGUCGCUGCCGCCGCCGCCGUCGCCGUCGCCGUCGCCGUCGCCGUCGCAUUAUACGUAUACGUGAAUAAUACGUGUGUGCAUAAUACGUGUGUUUAGCGCGACGUCACGCGAGCGCGCGUCCGCGUUUCCCCGCCGGUGUGAAUCGCGCGAAUAGUGCUCGGCGCUCGCACGAGGAAAGUACGCUCCGAGAGGAAUUCAGGUGCGACGAGGCGGUGAACCGCCGGGCGACGGAGCGACCACGUUUGCCUCCUCCCGAUGGCGACGACAACACGUCCGCGCUAAGGCGACAAUGAAACGCUGAAAGGCCUUCCAUUCGCAAAAGUGGAUGAAGAGGGCCGAACGCGAGAAUGAGUGCUCGUAAAAGUUGAAGGGGAAAAUCUACACAACGAAUAGCAACAGCCUGCCUCGUUCAUUGCGACCAGCCACAUAUCUCACGUUAAGAUGACAUAGAAUGGGUUGGGUGGCGCUAGGGCGGUGUGCGGGUGGUGGCGGCCGCCUCUCGUCCAUCCUCUCGCUGUCUCUCACCUCCCUCGCGAGCUCCCUCAUCUUCACCUCCCUCUGUAUCCUCACACUUGCCUUUACUCUCGUCACUCUUGUGCGUGCUGAAAACAUCUUCGAGGAAGGCAAGUCGGACAAGGAGAUCCUGGACAACCUGCUGCUCGCGACGCGUUACGACAAGCGGCUUCUGCCCCCGGUCCAAGAUGCUGAUUUCUGCUGCGGAUUGAGAUGGCCUGGUGACACCACCGGCUUGACAAACCAGUCGUCGAUCUUCUCUAACGACCCCGAGAACCAGAACAAGAACCAGAACAAUAACCACUACACUCCGCCGCACCAACACCACCGCACUCACCUCCGCGGAACCUUGACUGUAAACGUGAGCGUGUUGCUGUUAAGCUUGGCUUCUCCCGACGAGUCCAGUCUGAAAUACGAGGUGGAAUUUCUGCUGCAGCAGCAGUGGUACGACCCGCGAUUACGUUACAGCAACAGAUCCAAGUUUGAGUUUUUAAACGCGAUUCAUCAUUACGAGGAUAUCUGGUUACCGGAUACGUACUUCAUAAUGCAUGGAGAUUUCAAGGAUCCCAUCAUCCCCGUUCACUUUGCCCUGCGAAUAUACCGCAACGGCACCGUCAACUACCUUAUGCGGCGUCACCUUAUCCUAUCCUGCCAGGGUAGACUUAAUAUCUUCCCCUUUGACGACCCAUUGUGUUCAUUCGCGAUCGAGAGCAUAUCGUACGAGCAAACGGCGAUUACGUACGUGUGGAAGAACGACGAGGGUACGUUGCGAAAGAGCCCGAGUCUAACGUCACUAAACGCGUAUCUCAUUAAGAAUCAGACAAUCACAUGUCCGAUCAAAGUGAGCUGGCGAGCUGACGGACAUAUCGUCAACGAGGACGAGUUCGAUGAUUUCGGAGACUCUAAGUGCUCGCUGUGCCAGCGCAGGUUUGAGGAGCAAGGUAAUUACAGCUGCUUGAAGGUGGAUCUGAUCUUCACGCGGGAUCGCGCCUUCUACUUUACGACAGUUUUCAUCCCGGGCAUUAUUCUGGUAACCAGCUCCUUCAUCACAUUCUGGCUCGAAUGGAAUGCCGUGCCGGCGCGAGUGAUGAUCGGUGUAACGACGAUGCUCAACUUUUUCACCACGUCGAAUGGCUUCCGGGGAACGCUGCCCGUCGUUUCGAACCUGACUGCCAUGAACGUGUGGGACGGCGUGUGCAUGUGCUUCAUCUACGCGAGUCUUCUCGAGUUCGUCUGUGUGAAUUACGUCGGUCGCAAGCGGCCGAUGCACAACGUUGUCUAUCGUCCGGGCGAGAACCCCGUCACCCAGCGGCUCCCAGCGGUGCUCAGCAGGAUAGGAAUUAUAUUGGCCAGCCCUUUGAAGCGGGAGGGCGGACCUACCACCGGUGGUGCUACUGGACCGAACGAGAUCGUCACCUGCACCAACUGCGGACCCAAUCCCUGCACGCACACGGCAACGAACGGUUGCACCGCCGAGCUAAGGAAAAAAGAGCCGCCGCAUCCGAUUAGAGUGGCGAAGACGAUCGACGUGAUAGCCAGGAUCACUUUUCCAGUCGCCUAUUUCAUGUUCCUCACUUUCUUCUUCAUUCACUAUAAGGGCACCUCGUAGAGUGGCGCACAACGAUCCUCGAGAGAUCUCUCAUCGCCGGUGUGAGCGACAACGAAGCCUCGCGCGAUAGGCGACAACGAUGCUCGGCCGCGGGGAUCGGAUCUACAGUGGGUUCAACUUCUCUCCCAGAACCUACCGAAAGUACCUCCGAGUAGAUGAAUCGCGUCGAUAAUCGCACGAGUGUGCGACGAUCGAGUCUCCCCCCCAUAAAGAUGAAGAUAAUGAUGCGUAACGCAAAGCCGGUGUCUCUAAAAAGAAAUAACGACCCCUUAAUCAACUGCAAUGGACAAGAUCGAGCCGUAAUAGACAGAGAAGACGAGUAUCCGAUGGAUAAAUCUCCCGGAGAGAAAGGAGGAAAAGCGAGCCGAUAACUGAGGAGUAUUCAAAACGUAAGACAAGAGGACACCCACGGUGGAUUCGUCUCCCGAUAUUCUUCAUUUUCUCUCACAUGUGAUAGCUCUUGAAAGCACUUCUUUACGGAGGAAGUAGAUCCGCGACCAUGUGCAGCAGU